AUACAGAUAAAUGUCUAAUUCACUAAGGCUAUUUCACUCGGAUGACUAAAUUAUCCUUACUAGACUAUGCCAAUGACUUAAAGUCGUUCAUUAACAUAGGGAGGCCGAGGCAAAACCAGUUGUCUGGUGUAAGAUCACCACAAAGAUAUUGGAUAUUGGGAUCACUUUGUGUAUUUCAGUAAACCACUACGUUAGUUACAUUAUUCUAAACUUAAUUGUAUAUGUCCGGUAAAUAAUAUCGAUAAUAAGAAAACUUUCUUCGAUUAGUCGUCUGUGUUUCUUGUUUGGAAUUGCAAGUGAUCUUACCCAUCAACAAUCAUAGAAUAAUGAACAUAGUUCCUCUCUCACAGCCUAUUGUGGAAGUGGACAAACCAUAUUCCAACUGAAGAGGAAAUUAAGAAAAGACACUAGAAGUGGAUAGGACAUACAUUAUGGAAAUCAAGAACUGCAUCAUGAGGCACGCGCUUACUUGAAAUCCUGAAUGCAAGAAAGCAAAGAAAAGAGGAAGGCCGAAGGACACACUGAGUAGGGAAUUGAAAGUAGACAUAAAAAGGAUGAAUAGCAACUUGAAGUAACUCGGAAGAAUUGCUCAGGACAAAGAUGAAAGGUGAAUGCUAAUGGUCGAUCAAUGCUUCUCCAUGAGGAGUAACGGCCGUAAGUAAAUUUAAUGAACUGAAAGGCAGAUAUCGAGGUCAAUUUACAUAUUAGAUUUUCAUCCAGUAUGUAUUAAACUGUUGAUAUAUUAACUUUAUGUACAAUGAAAAGGGGACAUUCUUCAGCCUUUUGAUCUAGAGGCUUACUCCACAAUACAAUGUAACAACGAUAGACGAUGGAGUCUUCUGGUGGCUGAUUACCAAUAAUAUGUUCAUAUGCCGUUUAUUCCCCCCAGAAUCCUACAGCACAUUUGAUCGACUGAUUUGGAACUGGGAGUUUUCAGCUCAAAGGAUUGCCCGGGACAGGGUUGGAUGGCGAGUGCUGGUGGACGUCCUAUGCUCCUCCACGAGAAGUUUCCAGCUCCUGUAGAUGGAUUCUUCGUAUCCAACAACAUGAUUUGAGCGCCGGACAUUUGCUUUUCGUUCUUUUAAUUAUUGAUUAACAUCGUGAAAAACACAAGUAUAUAUUUUCUAGUUUAUGGAGUUAAAAAUCAAUUAUCCAUGAAGGAAACUAUUCAUUGAACCAAUAUUUCUUAUUUUAUACAUAAAUCGGUAUAUUCUGUUCAAUUAUAAUUCCAUAGAUGCAUUUAAUCAGCACUGAGAACUGGAUAUAAGUUCGAAUCUCACAAAGGCAAUCAGUUCACUUAAGAUUGAAGAUACGUUUUGUUAUAGCGAAUCAACUAAUCAUUUUUAGGAAUAGUCAUUACUAUUUCAUUAACGUCAAUAGUAAAUGGAGCAUUAUACACUCUACAUUACGAAUAUGGAACUGAAACACCUGUCAGUCAAUAUCAAAGUCAAAAUCUUCAAUGCAAACCUUCAGAUAUUGAAUUGCAUUGUACGGAGCUGAAACUUGAAGAACUAUCACAACCAUCAUUAACAAUGUACUAGUAUUUGUAAACAAGUGUCUACAAAAAAUACUCAUUAUCCGUUGACCGGAUACCAUUAGCAACAACUUACUGUGGGGGAGAACAAACCAGCUUCCAACUGAAGAAGUAAUUAGGAAAAGACGAUGGAAAUGGAUAGGACAUAAAUUAUGGAAAUCACCAAACUGCAUCCCUAGGCAAGCGUUAACUUAGAAUCCUGAAGGGAGAUGGAAAUGAGGAAGACCAAAUCAGACACCACGUCGGGAAUAGGAAGCAGACAUGAAAAAGACGAAUAUCAACUGGAAAGAACUAGAAAUGAUUCCUGAGGGCAGAGUUGGACGGAGAAUGCUGGUGUGAGACUUAUUCUCCUCCAGGAGGAGUAACAAGCGUAAUUAAGUUUCCAAUCAUUAUUGAUAUGUAGUUCUAAACUGGAACAAAAUGCACAUUAGUAUUCUCUAACUCACGGCGAUAUGGUAUCACAUUAAACUGAGAACCAUCUUCAUUGGAAGGAAUUUUCAACGCACUGAUUUUCCUGAUCUGCUGUUGAAUGAUUUUCAUUAAGAACAUUCAUUGAUAAACUGUGAUGUUUAUUUGAAGAAUAAAGGUAGAAAUCUGGUAGGAACUAGAAGCAAUACUGAGCUUAGUUCAGUAUUAUGGCAGACGUUAGAUUAUAAUUGUCAAUGUAAACUUUGAAGACAUAUGACUGCUUGUUUGUUCAACCACUGGACCUAGUGGACCACUUUCUACAUUUUAAUUACUUCUAUCUGAGUAUAUACUGUUCAAUAAAAUUUUACCUUUGACUCUUCCAAAGAAUAGAUCAUCAGUGUCAAGCAUACUAUACCCUUAGUAUUGAUUUAAUAAUAUCCAUAAAGUCACAAUUCAACUAUAAGUUUUGACGAUCUGGUAAUUAGACGGGGACAAGGUUAGUUACUUAGUUACACAAUGGUCAAUCAGCAUAAAUAUCACAAUCCUCAAGGAAAUCAGGUCGGAUAAUACAAGGAAUAUCUACGUUUUAUAUUCACUUGGUAUUGUUUACAUGAAUCUUCACAUUGAUGUUUAGGACUGAAAUUGAUCAGUCUCUUAUUAGUAUAUCUGCAUCCUAUACGGAUCGCCUUGAUAUUGCUUCAAAUCACGAGCAUUAUAAGUAAAGAUGGACAGUAGCUAGCAAUGGAGUCCAGGACGUGCAUUCUGUUCUAUUUGGGACUCUUCAGCUAGAUUUACCUUUAUCCCAGAGUUGAUGUUCACUUCCCUAUUUUAUUCUCUUUAAUAUCAUUAGUUUUAUGAUUAAUAAUUCUUCAAACACAUUAAAUAUUUUAAUAGUUAAAUUCAUUAGUCGAUAUAUACUAGACCACCCAUGGAUACUUGGAAGCACUGGAUGGCCAUUUCGUCCGAGUUUAUAUAGAUUCAUGAAUUCUACUAUUAAAAUUACCCCAUUCUGAUCGUAAUCAUCAUGUGCUCACUAAUGAAUGACUUCAAGACGAUUUCCUAUUAUUCUUGUAUGAUGCCAUAACAAGUGGAGUUCAAUCCUUGUCGGAUAGAGACAAGUAUCUACCUCAGACAAUGGAUCAAUAGUUACGCAUUAACAUCGUGGUCUUAAGAUUAAAUGUUCACACGUGAGACUGAAUAUACCAAGUUUGAGUCCCCAUGUGCAUGAACUUGAAUGUGUACUACUAGAAUGAAACAAUCGUUCAAUACUUCCAAGUUUUCCAAUGAUGAUCUAGCUUACAUUGAUAUAUACAUUCAACUAUUGAAAAUUAACACAAUUCUUUACAAACCUCAUUCUGAUCAUAAUCAUCAUAUGUUCACUAAUGAAUGACUUCAAGAUGAUUUCCUGUUAUUCAAGUGAGAAGCCAUAACCACUGGAGUCCAAUCCGUGUCGGAUAGAGACAAAUAUCUAUCUCAGAAAAUGAAUCAAUAGUUGCGUAGCCAUUCAUGGAUCGAUGGAAGUAAGAUAUUAACAUCAUUGGAUGCUAACUCAGUGAUCUAGAGAUUAAUUAUUCACACGUAAGACUCGAUAUCCCAGGUUCGAGUCCCCAUGUGCAUGGUUGUGAAUGUGUACUGCUAGAACGAAACAAUCGUUCAAUACUUCCAAGUUUUUCAAUGAUGAUCUAGCUUACAUUGAUAUAUACAUUCAACUAUUGAAAAUUAUCACAAUUCUUCACAAACCUCAUUCUGAACAUUGAAUCUUACUAUCAUCACCAUCAUCAGUGCUAUAGAUCUUUUUGUUUAUAUAUGUAUAUUAUGUUUUCUGUACAUUAUAGACACGUGUAAACAUGCAUGCACGUACCACAUUGAAACACUUACAAGUUGCUAAGCAAAAAAGUACCUCCUAUACACAUGGAUACAUAAAUAUAUAUAUAUACAUAGUUACAUAUACAUUCAUAAUAGUUUCUUUCUAUUGGUUACUUAUUCAGUCAUAUAUAACAUUGACAAAAAAUUUAUAAAUUGGUUAUUGUCAAUGUAUACUACUUAAUACAUAAAUUUGUCCGUCUAUCAAAAUCUUGUUCAUAUUUAACUUGACCUUAUGAGAAAUGUAUAUUAUGAUGAUUGUACGUAGGUGAUAUACAUACUCUCUUAUUUAAUGUAUGAUUGUUCAUAUUUAAGCAACUAUACAAUAAAUAGUGUAUAAACUUGCAAAAAUUCUAUAUUUGAAACAUUAGUACAUAGAUUAUCUAGUGUCUACGUUUAAAAGAAAAGAUAAUAGUCGCAUAGCAACAACAACAACCACAUCAGCAACCGAGUCAGCAACCGCAUCAACAACCGCAUCAGCAACCGUAUCGGCAUCCGUGUCAGCAACAGUAAUAUUGAUCUAUUACACUGGAAUUACUUUUAAAACAUUGACAUAUCUAACAGGAAACAAUCAUCAACUCAAUUAAUAAUAGAACAAAAAUAACAAAUUCUGUAUCAUUAUUUUGGAUUUAUAUACAUCUAUCUUAAUUACUUGUUUAUAUAAACAUAUUAGUCUAUAUAAUAAACAACAAUUUGAUGAAAUAUGGGAUCUAAAUUGUCAUGCAUGUCUAAACAAUCUGAAAAUAAUGGAAAAAUACCAAAAUCAAAGAAACCAAAAUUACUUACUAAAGAUGAAGCAACAAACGAGGUAAUUACAGUGACAACAAAGGUUAUUGAAGAUAAAUCUGAACCGCCUAUAACAACUGACGAAUCAAUCAAUAAUCAUAUUAUACCCAUUGAUAAUGAAACGAUUAAACUACGUUCACAUAUAUCUAUCUUAGAACCAGCACCAUCUAAUUAUGAAUUACCUAAACCAUUAUCUAUGUCACCUACAAUGAAUAUUUCAUCAAAUUCAAUUAAACCAACAUUAGAUCCAUCUACAUUUACUAAACAACUGAUUAUUAAUAAAUCAACAUUAGAUGAUAAUCAUAUUGCUCAACCUGUUGAUAGUAUAGCACGUGAAUUAGCUAGAAGUCAUACUAAACCAGCAACAUGGAAAGAUUUAUAUUGGUCAUUAAUUGGUAAACGUAAUCUAAUCAAUGAUGAAUUAAAAGUUAAAGCAUUAUUUUCAUGGUUAUGUUCAAUACCAGUUGGUUCCAUACCAUUUUUAACUUAUGAUGAAUUACAACAAGCUGAACAAGAUGAUAUACAAUAUGCGAAAGAAGCUUUAAAGAAUAAAUCGAAAAAAUUAAAAUUAGAUUCACCAGAAUUUAUAUUAAAUGAAAUGUCAUAUGGUAAAGCAACAUAUCUUCAAGCUUUUGAAUCAUUAUGUCAUUAUUCAAAUAUACCAUGUGUAACAGUGAAAGGUUUAGCUAAAGGUGUUGAUUAUGUAGUUGGUAUGCGUUUAAAUGAUAUAAAUGAUCAAUUACAACAACAACAAUCAUCAUCAGCAUCAUCAUCAAUUAUGCAUCGAUUACAACAUGCAUGGAAUGCUGUUUAUUUAGAUAAUAAAUGGGCAUUAUUUGAUCCAAUGUGGGCAGCGCAACGUUUAGCUGUUAGUGCUAAUACACGUUUAUCUCAAUUAGUACAAACUGGUCAAAUGGAUUAUGAAACGGAUAUGUUUUAUUUUAAUGUUGAUCCAGCUAAAUUUAUUUAUUCACAUUAUCCAUUUGAUGAAAAUUGGCAAAUGUUAAAACCACCAGUUACAUUAAAAGAAUUUGAAAACAGUGUUCUAUUGAAACCAGCUUUCUUCCGUCAUGGUCUUGGAUUACUAUCACAUCAAGAUUGUGUUAUACUUGCACCGAAUAAACUUGUUAUAAAAUUAUCCAUGCCAAAAACUUUAACAGAUACAUUGAAAUUUACAUUCAAUUUAAAAUAUGAAGGGAAGGAUGAUAAUCUAGAUUUGCCAAAUCUAAGUCAAUUUGGAAUACAUGAAUUAUCAAGACGUGAUGCAACGGUUACAUUUCAUUUUCGUUUCCCAAAACCUGGAGGUUAUAAGCUUACUUUAUAUGCACAACGUAUUGGUGAAAAGUUAUUUGCAGAUAUAUGUGAAUAUCGUGUAGAAUCAAAAAUGAGUACCGAUUUACAACAAACAGAACCGGUUGUUAUGGAUACUACUACUACUACUACUACUAGUAAUAAUAAUAAUAAUGAUACUUCAAAACCAGCUCUUACAAUUUUACCAUUUCCUCCAACAUCACAAGGACAUUAUGGUCCAGCUGAAAAAGCUAAAGAAUUAGAUAUUAUUACUAUACCAGAAGAUUUGGAAACUCACUUAAACUGUCAUACUGGAAUAUUAGAAAUCAAAUUUACAACUAAAGAUCCACAACGCAAGCUUCCACGUUUAACUGCACGUUUAAAAUCAUCAAUUCAUGAAACAUCAAUGCUUACUGAUUGUAUACUAUUACGUAGUAUUGAAGCAACAUCAUCGGGUAGUUUAAUUUCUGCAACAAAUCGUUUAUCUGGAACACAAACUAUACAAGGAUCACGUAUUAAUAUGAUAAUAUUGACAGCAUAUUUACCAACAGGUGGUGAAUAUGCAUUAGAAGUUUAUGGUGCACCAGCUGAUUCAGAUGAGAAUACUUCAUAUUUCUUGGUUUGGCAGUUUUUAAUCAAUUCUGAAUAUGGAGUUCGAUUAUCUACUCCAGUUAGAAAACGUUUAGCUACAAUGAAUCUAGGUCCUCAAGAUGAAACAUGGUCUAUAUUAGGUUUAAAAUUACUUAGUCAUGAUGAUCCUUUAAUUCAUGUUCCAACAGCUGGUUCUAUUGAAUUAAAAAAGACUCGAAGUAAAUCAGAAAUUAUGAGUCAGUAUAUGAGUCAAGGAGAUAAAAUAAUGAAUGGUGUAUCUACAAAUGAUUCAUUAAUAGUUCCUACAACAUCACCAGAUCAAACAAAUGAAAUAGAUGAUGAAGUACAAGAUCCACGUAGUUGCGAUUUGAAAAUAAGAAUUUCCAAAGAAUCUCAACAAAAACUUUAUGUCGUUGGACAGUUUGUAGAUAUAAGUACACCAGAGGAAGAGGAUUGUACAAAUUAUCUAUUACAACAAUGGGAUGAAAUUGAAGAACCAAAUAUAAAUGAACAUUUAACCUAUUUUAUUCGUAUACCAAAAGGUGAUCAUUUUUAUAAAUUAUAUAUAUAUGCAAUACCAAUUAAUAAUAAUGAAUUACCACAAUCAUUACCAUUAGUUUAUACAUAUUUAAUUGAAGCACCACCACGUAUUAUGUCAUCUGAAAUACCAUAUAUUGGUGUAAAAUGGGGUGGAUUUCCUGAAAAAUUAGAGCAACAACAACAACAACACCACCACCAACAACAACAAAACCACCCCCACCACCCCCAACAACAACAACAACAAAUAACUAUUACAUAAUUCUUGAAAUCGACUUCUGUUUUUUUGUAAUUUUUUUCGAGCGCCAUUUUAAUAUUGUAAAAAAAAACAAAACAGUAUGGUAUUAUUUUCGAAUAAGUAAUGAACUUGGACUCAUGUUUUUGUCUUGUUUUUGCAAUUUCUUCUUUAUUGAUUUUGUGUCGUUGAUUAAAUGAAUGAUGAUGAUGAUGAUGAUGAUGAUGAUGAUAACUUAUAAAGACUUUCUGCUGUUGUUGUUGUUGUGAUUGGUUUUUCUUCUUUUUUUUUCUUUUUUUUUGCUUGUUGUUUACUUCAUAAGAUUAUUCACCUGAAAAUUCUGUUUUGUUUGUUUUGCUUAUCAUUGAUUAUGGUUCAUUUGAUUGAUUGAUUGAUUGACUGACUGAUUGAUUGACUGAUUGGUUGGUUGAUUGAUUGAUUGAUUGAAAUGAUCCAUUUAUUAGGUUCCAGCCAAAAAAAAGACAACAAACAAAAAACAAUGAUCAGAUCUUCUUUAUAUGCUUAUUAGGAUCAUUUGAAGAUAAAUACGCUUAUAGAUAUUAUGUAAUAGUGACUUGUUUUGGUUUUUUUUUGUUAUUUCAGUGCCUGUUUUUGCAAUAUGUUCAUGUGUAAGAAUGUUAAUGUGAUACUUUGUGUGUGUGUGUGUGUUUAAGUUGUUAUUCUUAUAUGCUUAAAAGUGACUCAAUGAAUUCAUAUUCAAUUUUGUUGUGUUUUUUUUGUUUCUUUGCAAUUUAUUUCGAAGAUGUUAUAACUUGUGAGUUUAUACCCUUGUCAAUAAUAUAAACGUAAUG